AUGUGCUGCGUCAGCGGGCACGUGGCUCCAGGGUUGUGAGCGUGCUGCUGCGCGUGAAGACACUCGUUGAUUCAGCGGGUUUUUGUCUGUUUUUCGGGUUUUUACAAAGUUUUUAACGUGUUACUUCACACGAAUACUUCACUGCUACAGCAGGUGAACAGACUUCAGCUGAGAUGCCUCAUGAUAAAAAGAAGAAGAAGAAGACCGGGGUACCGGACCGGUGGCUGGACUACCGUCCUGUAGGACAGAGGAUACCUGGAACUCGAUUCAUCGCCUUCAAGGUGCCGUUAAAACCAUCUCUGAACCGCCAAGUCCCUGAGUCGAAGUUUGGCCUCUGGGACCUGCUGGACCACCUGCAGAGCCAGAACCAGGAGCUGGGUCUGAUUAUCGACCUGACCUUCACCACGAGGUACUACGGACUGUCGGACGUUCCGCAGUCCUGGUCUUACGUCAAGAUCCUCACCAAGGGACGCCACGUUCCCUCUGAUGCCACCAUUCUGAGCUUCAAACGGGCGGUGAGACAGUUCCUGAAAGAGAACCGGGACAACGACAAGCUGAUCGGGGUCCACUGCACCCACGGCCUGAACCGCACCGGGUACCUGGUCUGCAGGUACCUCAUAGACGUGGAAGGGAUGGACGCUGCGACGGCGCUGGAGCUCUUUAACUCCUGCAGAGGUCACCACAUUGAGAGGCAGAACUACCUGAACGACCUGCGGCGAGGAGCCAAGAGGAGCAAUGCCGGCAUCAACGAGCCAGAGGAGGAAGCGGCCAGAGGGCUCGCUGCAGAGAGACCGCCGCGGACUAGAACCACUGAGGGCGAGAGACCGCCGCAG